AUGAGGAUUUUAAAUAUAUUAUUCUUAAUUACUGUCGCAUUAUUUGGAGCUACAAACGCACGCCCUAUCACCACAAUGUUUCUAGCAGCAUUUGAUCCACUAGCAUUGGCAAAAGAAGCACAUGAUAAAUUGAACGAGGAUAUCUCCAAGAAUACCGACCAAAUGAUGGAAAAUAUCUCAGCUCACAGUGAAGCUGCUCAAAAUGUUCAAAUUAAAGGAGCAAAAAUUGAAUUUGUUAAACCACAAAGCGCUGAAGAUUUUGAGAUACAGAAAUUGGCAACCGAAUUUUUAUUGAUUGUUAAAGCACUUAAAGAAGUUUCAAAAGAAGAAACAAAAGAAAUUCUCCAAAUUAUUCCAUCAAAAUAA